UUGGUUUUUUAUGUAUAAUUCGCUCAAUUUUUCGUUGUUGGGAGGUUAUGUUCGAGACAAGUCAACAAACGUCAAUAACUUGUUAUCAAAAUAGUUUUAUUAAUUUCCGGGUCCAAUUUUGGCAAGAAUAAAAAAUAAGUAUGCCGCAAGAAACCACAGACAAUCCUCUAAUCGAGAAACGCACUCUCUAUGCGGGAACAAAACCUGUCUCUUUCAAAGAUGGAACAAAGGUCCAUUUCCACUUCCAAACACGUCUAUGUGACAAGGAAAAGACCCUUUUGGACGACUCUAGGAAAAUGGGUUCGGGGAAACCAUUUGAGCUGGUUUUAGGCAAAAAAUUCAAACUGGAGGUAUGGGAGGCGGUUGUGCAGAAAAUGGCUUUGAAUGAAGUCGCUGAGUUUAAAGUCAAGAAAGAGCUAGUCAUGCAAUAUCCAUUCGUUUCGAAGACUUUAAGAGACGUUGCUUUGCCGAGAGAGGCAAGGAAAAGUCACUGUUGCGCUAUGACGAUUCAGACUGAAGGGGUGGGUUACGAUGACUUGAAUACUUUUUUAAAAGAUCCCUCAGAUUUGGAAUUUACAAUUGAAUUAGUCAAAGUUGAACAACCAGAAGAUUACGAAAAAGAAUCGUGGCAAAUGGACGAAGAGGAAAAACUGAAAAAAGUACCUGAAUUAAAAGAGCAAGGAAAUGCAGAAUUUAAGAAAAAAAAUUACGAGGAAGCGUCAGAUUAUUACGCCAAAGCUAUAGGGAUUAUUGAACAACUCAUGAUUAAAGAAAAACCUCACGAUGUAGAAUGGAACGAGUUGGAUAAAAUGAAAGUUCCAAUCUUACUGAAUUACGCUCAGUGUAAGCUAAAUCAGGGGGAUUAUUAUACCGUGAUUGAGCACUGCACUACUGCUAUUAAAAGUGAUCCAGAUAAUGUGAAGGCGUACUAUCGGAGGGCCAAAGCCCACGUGGGUGCUUGGAACACUCGAGAGGCUUUCGACGAUUUCAAAAAAGUGAUAGAACUCGAUCCUUCCCUCACCACCACGGUGAAAAAAGAGACGGCAGCUUUGGAAGAGCAAAUGAAGAAGAAAGAUUUGGAAGACAAACAGAAAUUGAAAAACUUAUUCAGUUAAAUAAAUAUGGAAAACAAUUUA